CGCAUAUUUACCGCGGAUAUCGCAAAAGUGCGAGUAUUAUACGAAACGAAUGUCGUCUGUUGUCUCUCCUUGGUGUCAUCUACGAGUACAUAUUUUGGAAACAAUACGAUACGAAACGAUAACGUGCAGAUAACUAAAGCGAUCGUAGUGGACAUAAUUUAUGCGUGGGUAUGAACGACGCCGACGUCGUUUCUCCAUAUGACAGUAGCAUUAUGAGCAAUUUGCAAUGGUUACGAUGGAUGGUAUUGUUUCUGAUGAGAAGUGCGAACGAGUACAAAGGAUCGAACGUUGAAUUCACUUUUCCAGAUGAAUGUAUGACAGGAACCAACUGGUGCGGUCCAGGCAACAUAUCUUCGCAUUUUGACCACUUGGGAACUUUCGUCAAAACGGAUAGCUGUUGUAGGGAACAUGAUCACUGUCCACUCUCCAUCAGCGCCAAUCAAACCAAAUAUGGAUUACACAACGAAUUACCUUACACCAGUUCGAAUUGCGCUUGCGAUGAGGCUUUCUACCAAUGCUUACACCGUGUCAACACCAACUCGGACAUGCCCGAUACGCUUUCAUCAGAAUUAAUCGGCGAAAUAUACUUCACUUUUUUGGAAACUCGUUGUUUUCAAAAAGUACCACCAUACGCAUCUUGCGAGGUCAACAACAACACGGAAGAUUGCUUAAUUUCAGCGUCAAAUCAUUCGGUCGAAUUUCAAUGGAAAACAAUGCCACCGUUCAAAUGACAAUGCACACACGUAAUUACCUACUUACGGCUGCGAUACCUAAUUAAACUAACCUAUUAAGUAAACAUGCUAUGUAAAUUGUAAUCACCUAUUUGCUCGAUAUGCACGUGAAAUAUUACAAUUUUUAUUUAUAA